CCUCCGCGCCGCGGAGCCACUGGAGCCCGGGCGGGGAUGAGCUGGGCGGGAGCGCACACCCGCCCGACACACGCGCACACCGCUCGCGCCCCCGCGCCUGCGCUCGCUCCCCGGCUCGCGGCGGAGCCUGUUACCUCCGUCGGCCUCACCUUCAGAAGAAUGAGAAUCCCGUAACCCUCUCCUGGCCGUAACCGGAGACGGUUCUAGCAGAGGCUGCUGUGACUGCUGCUGCUGCUGCUGUAGGCGGGUAAUCCUUCGCGUCUUCAUCUCCUCGGCUUCCUGGAGUCGCGGCUGCCUCCUCUGCCGAGAUCGAAGGAUAGGAGAGAAACCCUCACUGCAGCCUGUGAUGAUAAUGAAAAGGAGAGCUAGAAGCCCUGUCUCAGGAGACUGAAGAAGAUAAAAGGUUCAUAAUAACUUCGACAUCAGACUUCUCUCUGCACUGGUCAUAAAGGCAUUGUAUAAAGUGAUCUAAAGAGAAUAUUGUGAGAAAACCACUAAGAAGGCAGUGACAAAACUCCCAAAUGUAUUUCCUACACCUGACACCAAGACAGCCACCUUGGUUUUCACUCCAUAUGCCUUGUUUCCUGGGUCCACGGGAAGCAUGAGUCUGUUGGGACUUUGGACAAGAGGAAAACAAGACAUCUUCACAAGAAAAACCAGACAUUAAAAAAAGUAUCGCAAAGUCUGAAGAGCUAGAACACAAACAUGGCGGACAGAGGACUUAGGGAUCCCGCAGAGGCCUCUCAAGAGGAUUUGAAAAACGACCCAUCAAUAAGUUCUCAGGCACAAGAGAUCUCAGUCAUAGGAAGGGCAGACACAGGUGAUCAGCCAGAAGAGCCAGAUGAAACAAAUUACGGGAACCAGCCAAAGGAUGGAACAGAACCUGAGCACACCCAGAGCUUUCAGGAUGGAGAACAAGGGCAUCAAGUCCCUGACUCAGGAAGUCCAGGUGACAAACCCUUGGAUCCAGAACCCAGCUGUUUGCCAAGUGAUGAGGUGGGAGGAGAGGAUGUGCUCCCACAGAGCGACUCUGCAGCCCUCCCUGAGGAGGUGAGCGGCGCCCCUGGAGUGCCACAGGAGCCACCUGCCGUAGACCCGCAGGACACCGAGAGCCCUGAUCGUUCCCACGCAGGGCCCGAGAGCCAGGGCCCAGUGAGGAGGCGACGGCGGGUGCCAGCAGAGGCUCAAAGUCAUCAACAGGAAACACAAAGCUUGGAAGAAAACGAAGAGAAUGCACUUGAUACCAAGAGAAAGAUGAAUAAAAAGGAUUAUUUGAGUUAUGGCUCCAUCUUUUUUGUCUCUGUGGUCAUGACUCUUGUUUGCCUCAAUUUUGUUACUAGCUACUAUUCGUCUCCAGCCCAGCAAGUGCCCAAAAAUCCAGCUUUGGAGGCCUUUUUGGUUCAUUUCAGCCAGCUGAAGGAUAAAUUCCCAGGCCAGAGUUCCUUUUUGUGGCAGAGAGGACGUAAAUUUCUCCAGAAGCACCUCAAUGCUUCAAGCCCCACUGAGCCAGCCACCAUCAUAUUUACGGCAGCUCAGGAGGGAAGAGAGACCCUGAAGUGCCUGAGCCACCUCGUUGCAGAUGCCUAUACCUCCUUCCAGAAAGUCUCUGCCAUUCAGAUUGACGGGGCGGCAAGAACCUUGGAGGACAGUGACUUGGUCAAGCAGUUGGUUGACAUGGAGCUAAGCUCAGGGUUUGAGAAUGGCCAGAAGGCUGCUGUGGUGCACCACUUUGAGUCCCUUCCCGCAGGCUCUACCUUAAUUUUCUACAAGUAUUGUGACCAUGAGAACGCCGCCUUCAAAGAUGUGGCCCUGGUCCUGACUGUCCUCCUAGAGGAGGAAACAUUAGAAGCAAGCGUCAGCCCAAGGGAAACUGAAGAAAAAGUGAGAGAUUUCCUCUGGGCCAGGUUUACCAACUCUGACACUCCUAGCUCCUUCAACCACAUGGACUCGGACAAACUGAGCGGGCUCUGGAGCCGGAUUUCCCACCUGGUGCUGCCCGUCCAGCCCGUGAGGGACAUCGAAGAACAGGGGUGCCUUUUAUAAACUAAGCACAGCCUUGGUUUCUGAAGGCCUAGAUUUACUUAAAAGUCUGUUGAAAAGCCUUCUGCUUCUGUGGAAGGAGGUUAUGAAAAGCCUGGAAAACACAAAUUUGCUUCUUUUAGAAACAAAUUCUCAUUUUUUACCUUUUGUAAAAUCUUUCAAAGCUUGACAAAACUUGACUUUUCUUUUUCCUGGCCUUUCAAGCAAAUCAGGUUUGAAAUAUGCAUAGAAUAUAUAACAGGCUUUUUUUUAAAAUCCAGAAAUAUAGCAACAGAAUCAUUGCAUGCGAAGAUAAUCUUCUCAGAAUGACUUAAAUGGUUUUUUGUUUUCUUGAGAGUCGGAGGAGCCUUUUGGCUCGUGUUUGGCCUGAACUGGAUCAGUUGCAGUUAUGAAGCAAAGAUAAUUAAAAAAAAAGUUUUUUCUAUCAUAUAUUAAAUACUUUAAAAACUGAUUUUAGUAACCUAGUCAUGGGACUACAUCUACUAAUUUGCUUUUUUGAAUAGUGUGAAAAGAAAUACGAAUUGAAAUACUUAGCUGUAUGUGAGGCACUGUGCUUUUAUUCCAUUAAUGGGCUAAGGUAUAAGCAACUGUUCUUAAGAAAUGUUCUUGAAAAUUGGAUUCAAGGGGGGAAUUGUCUAUAACCAUUGAUAAUGAAGAAAUUCCAACUGGCUGUA